AUGGCCUCUGACGAGAAGCUGAACGUGAGAGAUCAGCAAGAGCAGACUCAGCCCCCCACAGGCGAGUCUAAGGAAUCGACCUCCGGCCCCAAGAGCGCUUACAUUUUUGUCCCUGAUGCUGAAAGAGUGGAGCUUCGUGACCGUGAAGGUCAUGAGAUGACGAACGUCACCACCACCUCUGAUGUCGGCACUUCCCAAUGGGCAGCCGUUACUGCUACAGGAGGGGUUAUGGGUAUUUGCAAGGAUGCCAAAUCCCUUCCCGAAAUGGCCGAUCGUGUCAGGAAGGAGAACAAUUGCUCAGAGAUCUCUUACAGGAUUUGGGCCCAUGAUCCCGAGCUCUGGGACGAGUUCGCCAAGACUGCGACUCACAAGCGCGUUCGAACCAACACCGGUUUGAACAAAGAUGGUACCCCUCAGGGCCCCGUUGACUGGGAGGAAAUUUCUCGGCCCAAGAACUAA